AUGGGAGAUAUGAAGACCCCCGACUUUGAUGACCUCCUUGCAGCAUUUGACAUCCCAGAUAUGGUUGACCCUAAAGCUGCUAUUGAAUCUGGACAUGAUGAUCAUGAAAGCCACAUAAAGCAGAACGUGCACACUGAUGAUGAUUCCCAUGCACCCUCGUCAUCAGAUGUCGGUGUAAGCGUCAUUGUGAAAAAUGUGCGGACUAUCGAUUCUUCUGAAGGAGCAGAGAAAGAUGGCCAUCAUUCCACGGGCAAUGGUUUGCAUAACGGGUUUCUAACUGUAUCGACUCUAGAAGGUUAUAAUAAAGAGGAAGGGAAAUCUCUGAAGGAUGAGAGCUCUGUUUCAGAGACUACGCUCAAAGAGUCUGCCUUCAACCAGUUUAGUCCUAUCUCAAGUGCCGAAGAGUUUGACGACGAUGAAAAAAUUGAGGUGGAUGAUCCUCCAGAUAAAGAAGACAUGCGUGGAAACUUUAGAGCAAAUGUAUUAACGGGGUCUGUCUCCCAACAGGAAUAUGAGAAGCUAAAGGUACUCGGGGGAGAAAACCUCCUUAAACCUGGGGUUGCGGGUUCAGGUAAUGCAGAUAAAAACAAAGUUGUUAAAAGAGACUCCGAAGCAAACUCAACGCCUUUAGGUAUGUACGAACCUUUUAAAACAAGGAAAAUAGAUGAUAAGCUGCUUAAAGAAAAUUCUGAAAAACUACUUGAAAACAGGGCACUUGACGGGAAAAUGGGCACAGAAAAAGGAGAAGUAACCCUUGCCAGUGUUUCACAGUCUAAAGCGAAAUCAUCCGCAAAACUCUCCUCAUGUAUUGCUGCAAUUGCAGCGCUUAGUGCUAAAAAAGCGGCAACGGACACGGGUAAAGACCCUCAGUCUCAUUCAAGAGAAUCUUCUCCACUGCCGAAAGAUAUGAAUGAAAGUCCCAGGGCCUUGGACAAAUCACCAGAAUCCCAGAGUCUCAUUGAUUGUGCUAAAAAAUCCUCAGCGAAACAGCCUGAUAGUCCUAGGAGCGUAUCGAGUGAAAACAGCAGUAAAGGGUCUCCUCCGUCUCCUGCAGGCUCAACACCAGCAAUUCCAAAAGUCCGCAUAAAAACCAUCAAGACGUCAUCUGGGGAAAUCAAGAGAACGGUUACAAGAGUGUUGCCGGAAGUUGAUUUGGACAAUGGGAGGAAACCAGACCCAACUGGUUCCAUGGUUGCUUCCAUGACAUCACUGCUGUCCUCUCCAACUUCUGCAGUCCUUUCUUCUCCUCCUAGGGCACCUCUUCAGUCAACAGUCGUCGCCAAUGCCAUGACGUCAGCGGAACUCGCUCCCAAACAGGUCACCAUUAAGCCCGUGGCUACUGCUUUUCUUCCAGUAUCGGCUGUUAAGACAGCAGGGUCACAAGUUAUCAAUCUGAAACUGGCUAACAACACAACGGUGAAAGCGACAGUAAUAUCUGCUGCGUCGGUACAGAGUGCCAGCAGUGCCAUUAUCAAAGCCGCCAACGCGAUCCAGCAGCAGACUGUUGUGGUGCCAGCCUCAAGCCUUGCCAGCGCAAAACUUGUGCCAAAGACGGUCCAUCUUGCCAACCUUAAUCUACUGCCUCAAAGUGCUCAGACCACCUCCGAACUCCGCCAAGUGCUAACGAAACCUCAGCAACAGAUCAAGCAGGCAAUAAUUUCCGCGGCAGCUUCUCAGCCUUCUAAAAAAGUAUCUCGAGUCCAGGUGGUGUCGUCUUUACAGAGUUCAGUGGUUGAAGCUUUCAACAAGGUGCUCAGCAGUGUUAACCCUGUCCCGGUUUACGUCCCAAACCUUAGUCCCCCUGCAAACGCAGGCAUCACUUUGCCCACGCGCGGUUACAAGUGUUUGGAGUGUGGGGACUCGUUUGCUCUUGAAAAGAGUCUGACACAGCACUACGAUAGGAGGAGUGUGCGGAUUGAGGUCACCUGCAAUCAUUGCACAAAAAACCUUGUUUUCUACAACAAAUGCAGCCUCCUCUCCCAUGCUCGGGGACAUAAGGAGAAAGGGGUUGUGAUGCAGUGUUCCCAUUUGAUUCUGAAACCGGUUCCAACGGAUCAAAUGAUUGCUUCCCCAGCAAGCAGUACUUCCGUUGCGUCGUCUGUUCUUCAGAGCCCCGUUGGCAUGGGCACCCAUACUGUAGCAAAGAUACAGUCCGGCCUAACUGGGACAGUCAUAUCGGCUCCAGCAAGCACUCCUGUUCCUCCAGCUAUGCCUCUAGAUGAAGACUCAUCAAAGCUAUGCCGGCAUAGCCUGAAGUGUUUGGAGUGCAACGAAGUUUUCCAAGAUGAGACAUCUUUGGCUACACACUUCCAGCAUGCUGCGGAUUCAAGCGGACAAAAAACCUGCAGUAUAUGCCAGAUGCUGCUUCCCAACUUGUGCAGUUUUGCAUCGCACCAGAGAAUCCAUCAACAUAAAUCUCCCUACACCUGUCCGGAAUGUGGCGCCAUCUGCCGAUCGGUCCAUUUCCAGACCCACGUCACCAAGAACUGCCUCCAUUACACACGGAGAGUUGGAUUCCG